AUGAAAGGGAUUUCUUUGGAUUCAAAACCAUUUUUUGGUGUUGGUUUGUAUCAGAAUGCUAAUUCCAGUUUCAAGCAUCAGGCUCUCAUGCGAGACUAUAGAGAGUUGCAGAAGGAGGGUGAUGUUAUCAGAAAUAAAUUGGAUGCUGCUAAACAGAGGAAGCUGAUGCUGGCAGCCGAAGUUCGGUUUUUAAGACGAAGAUACAAAUGUCUACUGAAAACGAAGAUUUUCAACUCGUCACAAGAACAGCAAAUUGAACCACCGCUAAAUUUAGUUAACCAAACUAAGAACAAGGAGGAACUUUUUUUCAGCAGAAUGGGAACCACUUUAUGUGAGUUUUCCUCUAUCCCGGACGCAAAAUCCAACAGGAAACUUAGUGUUGGAAAACAACCUUCUCGACGCAGUGCAUCUCUGUUUAAUAAUCUGAAACGUGAGCAAGUAUUACAUGGUGGAAAGGAAGCUAGCCAUCCUAUUUCGACUCUUGAUUCUGAUAGGAAUAACAGAGGAGGGAUAAACUGUGGGAAGGAAACCAUAGUGCAAUGCACGAUCCCUUCCUUUGAUUUGAACCAGAAGGAAGGAAUAAGCCGAGCUAAUGAAGUUGGUCUCAGGAACUCAACCAUCGCAUUUGAUUUGAACCGGGACAGUGAUCUAAGUGGAAAAGAAGCUUGCAUGCCAAGUCGAGUUCCUCUCUUCGACUUAAAUGAAGUUUCGAAUGGGGAUGAGGAUUUCCUGAGUAAUUUUGAACCAUCAAAGUUCGAGGAAGCAAUAAUUGUUGUAAACGAUGACCAGAACGACUUAAAGUUGUCUAUGUGUAGAAAUGCCGGGGAAGGUUCAACCGGUGUGGGGAGGAGGAAAAUUUCAUGGCAGGAGAGUGUUGCAUUGAGUUUUUGA